UAGGUCGCAGAUAAGGGUAUUUUCUUCACGUCAUUCGAUAAGAUACCAGAGACAUGAAGUGGUGUUUCUUGCUGUUCCUCGUCGCAGCCGUCGAGUCACUGUUUCUGCAGAAUUACGGAUCCUGUAAGAACCGUUGUUUUACCCCGAACGACUACAAUAAGCCGUGCCAGUGCGACUCUGACUGCGAGUCCUUCAACAACUGCUGCGGCGACUUCUGGAGGCUGUGCAGAGGGUCUGAGUAUGGGUUGGUGGUCACCCAAGCUGAACUGAACACAUUCGCCCAGCAGUUGUGGGAUAACGAUGUCAACAGGAUAAACAGCUCCCUCUACACACUCAGCUACCAAGGGCAGACAACUCAAAAUGAAGAAACCGACAUGGCAACGGACAAACUGUUUAAGCCUGUCGAUGGCCAACUGGACGCCCUGCUAUCCAUGGCCAAUUCUACAUAUGCGCUGUUUAUCCAACUACUUGACAACUACGAACUGAACGUACAGCAGUCCGAACACCGUCCCCUGGUAGAGAUUCAAGAGGAGGACGCUUUCUGGGCCGUGGCGUCCCAAACAAGGGUCAUGCAGCUCGCCUCAAAGUUCCUCCUCGAUAACGGGUUCAUCAAAGCAGAUCAACACGCAUUCCGGGCUGUGAUCAAUGAGAUGUGGUUCGAGUUGUACAGAGGGCAUUCCGCCUUGCUGCACAGGCACAAGAGUAGUGGCUUUGAGCACAUCAUGAUCGGAGAAAAGUUGAAAAACACGCACAACAUGCAACACAACAUUUCGAAUCACAUCAUUGGGUUGAACAACUGGAUACAGUUCUACCUUCUGGAGAAGGCGGAGGUUGUUGAUUACCACGGCUAUCUGUCCUACCUCCAGGACCCUCCUAUGGUGAGUGUUCAGUUCCUGUGGAAUGAUGCCAUGGCGAGGAUGAAGAAGUUCUUUGUUGGAACAAGUCCCGAGUUUGACAUGGCGCUGUACACUGUGUGUGGCCUUGCCCGCCCAGACAAGCAGUGUGCCGUGACCAUCAACGGCCAGAACAUCACCAUCAAGGCGUCCACUGCUCGCCACGAAUCGAUCCUCCAGCUUACAGGAGCUGUACCCUCCUUUACAAGCAGCGUCUGAUCGAUGAUGCCAGACCCGUGUAGCUUUUGAUGAAGCCAAAAUAAAUGACACAACGUGUUGCAUGAUUGUGUUUAUUAGC